AUGUCGACCUUUCUCAACACCACAACAAACACCACCUCGCCAUAUGAAUCAUGUUCAUUUCUGGGACCCAUGCCACCACCAGGUAACAAUACACUAGUCUCUUGCGCAAUCCCCGACUGCCUCAACAACCGUGCCGCGAUGGAGAAAUGCUGCUCAGGAGGAACCAUUACGACUUUCCAAGAGACACAAAGAGUGCCCGAGCAAAACAUCACAAUCAACGCCGAAUACCUCACCUGCACAUUCAACGAGGACAUUUCUGGAUACACCGAUUUAACAAAGUACGACCCCAAUGCUACAGUCUUCGCACUGCCCGACUGCCUCGUCCGAAAUGGCGGAAACAGAUUGGUAUGCAACAGGCCAAAUUCGCAGUACAAGUACUGUCCUACCUCGUUCGAAGGCCGGCCAGGCGCGGGCACAGGUACCGGCGAUGUAACAUGCUCCGUGAAUACCGGGAAUGAGAACCUGACUUMCUUGUUGAGGACCUGCUGUCAAAGUAGUGAUGGCAUGAUACGCGCCGAUCAGGAAGGGUGUACUGCCAGCUGUUCGGGUGAUGAGACUCUCAUCUCGUGUAUGCGGGACAGUGAUGGUAGAGAACUUCAGCCUGGUGGAGGGUUCAGCUAUGGUUGCAGUAAUUCUUCUGGUGAGAAGAAGAAAGGCGGUGCGUCGACUGUGGGGGGUUCGGGGAGAACGGCCCUGGCGAGUGUAUUUUUGGCUGCUGGGAAUGCGAUGGCGUUCCUGCAUUAG